CAAGCUUCUUGCCUUGUUAGUACGCGGCUACCAGAGCUUUCGUGAACACGUGCUUGCGGUACGUUUGGUCGCUUCUGCCCGGCUAAGAGAGUGAAUUAGGAAAAGUGAUUAUCAUCAAGUUCGUGGCCAUAAAAACUGCGGGUUUCGCUGUAAUUCAAGAGUUUAUUUUCCGAUUAUUUUCGUGGUACUUCAAGCACGAUGUUCGUCCGUUUCGGGAAGCAGAUAAUAAGUGCAAAAGUUCGUGCUGACUCCAGCAUAGCGUCGAGGCGACUAUCAACGUUCAGCAAUUUAAUCGAUGUUCAUCCAGAUGUUCGAAUUGCAUUAAAUUCCAAUCGACCGGUUGUAGCGCUGGAAUCGACAAUUAUCACGCACGGAAUGCCUCAACCGCAAAAUUUGGAAACAGCUUUACAAGUGGAGGAUAUCAUCAGAAGCCAGAAUGUAAUCCCUGCGACCAUCGCAAUCAUCAACGGAAGAGUUAAAGUUGGAUUAGAUAAAAAUGAGUUAAAUAAUUUGGCUAGUCUGGGUCCUGAAAUGGUUUUCAAAUGUUCGAGAAGAGACUUGGGAUAUGUUUUAAGUAAAAAACUUUCAGGAGGCACUACUGUAGCCGGAACAUCAAUUAUCGCUAAUAUGGUUGGAAUCAGGGUAUUCGCGACUGGAGGAAUUGGUGGUGUACAUCGUGAUGGUCACAUCAGCAUGGAUGUUUCUGCUGAUUUAAUUGAAUUGGGUCGAACACCAAUCUGUGUGGUAUCAAGUGGGAUUAAAUCCAUUCUGGACAUUCCUCGAACUCUGGAGUACUUGGAAACUCAAGGAGUAUGUGUAGCCGCAUACCAAAGUGAUACUGGACAUUUUCCGGCAUUUUAUACACGUUCAAGUGGUGUUAAAGCUCCUUACAAUCUAAAGACACCGCAGGAAGCUGCAUUGAUGAUUAAGUCCUCUUUGGAUUUGCAGUUACAGUCAGGGAUACUAAUUGGAGUUCCGAUUCCAAAGAAGUAUGCUGCUGAUGAAAAAGUUAUCAACGAUGCAAUUGAAUAUGCUGUUUCCGCUGCAAAGAAAAGGGGAAUCGCUGGUAAAGAAGUUACUCCAUUCGUUUUGGAGGCUGUUUCAAAAGUAACGGCCGGUAAAAGCCUGGAAUCAAAUAUCGGUCUCAUUAAAAACAACGCCUACGUGGCAUCGCAAAUCGCCGUUGCGUUAUCGAAUUUGAAAAACGGUCGGGAAAACGCGAGUGAAAGUGAUAAUAAAGAAAAAGAUGAAACAAGAAAAAAAUCUAAUGUUCCGGUGGUAGUAGGAGCGUCUAUCUUGGAUAUUUGCAUGAUGUGCUUAGAGGACGAUCUUAAGGUAAGUAAUGGCUUUGUUUAUAUUUUUUUAGAAUUUUUUCAAAUGGAUGUAUUGUACCCUGAAUCUCGCAGUUUCUCCUCUAUUUGA